GACAGACUCUAGUUGAAUGCUGUCUAGUCUCUAUCGGUUAAUAGCAAAUCGCGUGGUUUCAAUCUGUUCAGCGUAUGCAGAACAUUUUUUGAUCGAACGCCAACGCGUGGCAGGAAAGGUUUGAGCAAACCUUCGUUGCAACACUGAAACCAUACUUUUUAUUCGGCUAAGCACGCCACGUGUUUAACGGGUAAUUUUUUCAAAUAUUUUCUGGUUCCCCACUUUUCCUUGCAGUUACUUUAAUUUUCCCGGCCAUUCGAAUCUGUACAAAACUGCAGCGUUUCUGUUAUCUGGAGAUUCUACGCCUACGGGUAUUCACUGGAAACCCCCGCACCUGUGCUGACUAGUGACUGGCAAGCGCAGUUGCGUUGACCCAUUACAGCUUAAAUUUUUUUCCCAUUGGUAGUCUGUGUGGAUCCAGUCUGCACUGAAAAUCCAAUCAUGGCGAACACGCCGACCAGGACCACCUCAAAUAUCAAUGCAUACAAAAGUGGCAAAAUGCGCCUUGCAGUUAGGCCGCCAGGCAAAUUCGAAAGCGGCAGCAAAGAAGCUUUUUUAAAAGUGAUGGAUGAGGCUUACGGUUAUAUGAAGGAGAAGUGGACGGAGGAAAGGGAAAGCGAACGACUGGCUGUCCGGACACUGCAGAAGCAGGUGCUGGAGCGCGACCGCGUUAUUUCCCAGCAGAAGUCGGUGAUGGAUACCCUGCGGGAGGAGAAGAAGCGGAUGAUGAACGAGCAGCAGGAUGCCUCGGACAGUCAGCGGCGCAUCCAGGAGCUGGAGGCGCGGUUGGCGGAGGAGCAGCGCCGCGUCGCGGAGCUGACGGCGCGCAAUACCGCGCUCCUGCAGGUCACCGAGUCCUUCCACGGGGCAUUUGCCAUGUAUGCCAAAAACCGGGAGGUUGUCGAGAAACUAAUGAAUUCCAAGACAGACACGGACAAUCAGGUUCGGAAGGAAGACACUGCCAUUACUGCUGACAACACGAUUCCCGUCCCGGCUGCCGUCGCUGCUGAAGAGCAUCCCGGGGCGGUUGUUAAGGACGCCGCCGAAUCCCCGCCUGCACCACGCGAUCCCGCUUCGCCACCAUCGGAACCGAAGCUUCCAGUGGAAGCAGUCGCCGAAAACAUGGAAGUCGACACGGAGCUGGCAUCCGUCCCGCCGCUGCCCGUGGCGGACGACACACCGUCCAGCGUCGAGCAAAAUGUCGGCGCGGACGUGGCCAUGCCGCCCGCGCUCCCCACCAGUCCCGCCCCGAAAUCACCUCGUAAACCCCACUUCAUCACCCUCUCCUUCAAACCGUCCCUCAUCCACCGCUCCGAAUCCGUCAGCCCCGCCACGCAGCCCAAGAAGCGGGUCAGUUUCUCGCCGCUGCCCGAGCCGGUCAUCCGCGGGAAGCGUAAACGCGCGCAAUCCCUGCUGGCGUCCAGUACGUGUAAGGCCUGCAACGUGGAGUACGCGGAUGAGGGGGAGCUGCGCCGGCACUCGUGCCCGCUGCAGCACAACCUGCCCUGCCGCGGGAUUGGCUGCGGCAAGCGCUUCGCCAGUGUGUCCGGCCGGCGCCGUCAUGAGAAGGCGGCGCACGGUGACCAGCCGAAAUUAGAAAGUAUUCACUAAUUUAUUGUCAUGGGGUGUACGCGUAGGGGAUGCCAUUGUGGUAUGUGAUGCGACGCCGUUCCUAUUUACAGCAGAACCUUGACUACCUCUGCACAGUUCACUUAAUGGUCAAUGUAAAUCUUUCUUAUUCGGACUAGCUGUUCACCCUCUACAAGAUGCGCCGAUUCGAAGCCGGACGGGAAGGUCCGACGUUCCCGUUAAUAUAUUUUUCGGCAGUUUGCCGGGUGUUUGGUAUUUUUUUUUGCAUUUUGAAUUCAGCUGUAUUAAUUUGAUUUUGUUUGUGCUGCCGAGAAAAUUCUCCUUGUGGUGCUUUUUAA